GUGCUGACGAACCAUAGCUUGUGGUGGAAACAGCUGGUCGUUUCUGGUACAGCAGCAGCAGCAGCGGCAGUAGCAGCAACGGCCAACGCUUGGGGACUGAAAGUAUCGUUAUUAUCAGGGAAAAAAAGUUCCCGUCAGACUGGAAACUGACUGACUGCGCCUUGACUUGAGUGUGGGCUGCUGCCUCAGCACACGCAGGGGCAUGUCACGCUGUCUGCGAGACUUUAUCUGCCAGUUUUUGUUCAGUCGCAACGAGAGGCGACAGAGCAGUGACGCUGCUGCUGCUAACUAGCUUUAGCUUAACUUUCUUCUCCCACAGCACCUGCCACGAAAAAAAAAAACACUGUCAGCUGUUGCUUUCCUGACGGUGUAGUUUAGUUCUUCUUCCGCUCAGUCUCAGCAUGACUCAUGUUCACUACAAAUUCUCCUCCAAACUCGGCUACGACACGGUGGUGUUGGACGGCCCGCACAUCACGCUGGGGGAGCUGAAGCGGCAGAUCAUGUGCAGAGAGAAGCUAAGAGCAGGGGACUGUGACCUGCAGAUCACUAACGCACAGACCAAGGAAGAAUACACAGAAGAUGAAGGUCCGAUCCCCAAAGGCUCCUCAGUCAUCGUGCGUAGGAUCCCCACCCGCGGUGGCAAAUCCAGCUCAAGCAGCAAAACCACCAAGAUUGAGCGUUCAGUUUCCCAGUCGCACCAUUCGUUUGACGUCGCCAAAGCAAUGGAUGAUCACACUCCCAGUACCUUGCACUUUUUUUCCAAGAUGGCUAAUCUGGCUGAUGCAGAUGCGUCAGAGGAGGAUAAGAUCAAAGUUAUGCUAAAUCAGUCCAUCUACGAUUCCAUGAACUACAACAAGAAGUUUGGGUCUGCUCUUCCUGCAAACUACACUUGUUACCGCUGUGGGAAUACUGGGCACCACAUCAGAAAUUGUCCCAGCAGUGGGGAUAAAAAUUUCGACGCCCCACUGAAAAUAAAGAAGAGCACAGGCAUCCCUCGUUCCUUCAUGGUUGAGGUGGACGAUCCCAACACGAAAGGAGCCAUGCUGACCAACUGUGGACGAUAUGCCAUUCCUGCCAUAGACGCAGAGGCAUAUGCCGUCGGGAAGAAAGAGAGGCCUCCAUUUGUUCCUCAGGAAAAACCCAUAUCAGAACCCGAGGAGGAUCCUGUACCUGAUGAACUUCUCUGUCUGAUCUGUCAUGAGCUGCUGAGUGACGCCGUGGUCAUACCCUGCUGUGGAAACAGCUACUGUGACGACUGCAUUCGCAGCACCUUGCUGGAUUCAGAGGAACAUGUCUGCCCCACUUGUGGCCAACAAAAUGUCUCCCCUGAUACCCUGAUAGCCAACAAAUUCCUCCGUCAGGCCGUGAACAAUUUCAAGAAAGAGCGAGGCUACACCAAAAGUAAGACGGGAAUAUGCGAUUCCUCCCAGUCCCAAAAUCCAACUCCAGCUCCGAGCCCUGUCCCCACACCACCACCACCUCUCACUGUGCAGAGCCAACCUCAGAAACAGCACCAGUCAUCAUGCAGCCAGCAAGCUGCAGAUAUACAACCAUUGUUGGAAAAUCCUCCUGCAGCUGCGGCAGGCCCCACCUCUGAUACCUCUGAUGGCAACAUGUUCACGACUUCCCUCCAGACAGAGCAGAGCUGCCUGGACAUACCUGACAAGGAGGCUGAAGAAGAGGCACAGGAUGACUCAGCUGCUGCUGCUGAAGAUGAGGAUGCUGCUGCUGCUGCUCCUCAUGCUGCUGCUGCUGCUGAUGCUGUCGUUGCCCCUCCUCCUGCAGUGGUUGCAGACGAUGACCCCACUGCUCCUCCAUCACAGCUGAUACCAGUGGUAAACGAGACAACGGUGGCAGAGCAGCCCCAGUCAGAUCAACAGCAGUCCUCCUCAGGUCCGGCACCAGGGUCAUCAUCCUGCUGGCAAAGCUCCUCCGCCUCCUCAGGUUGUCCCACUGGAGGCUGGACUGAAUCCCAGCAGCUUACUCCCUCCCCCUCCUUGACAUAUGCAGCGACUGCUCCACCUCUCUUUCCCUCCCCGCUUUAUCAUCCAUAUCUCUCGGCUCACCACUCUCACAGCAGCUACCCUCCAGGGUACCCGCCUCCACCGCCCAUCUGGACUCUCCCCUGCCCUCAGGGUGCCCCCAUCCCGUCCCUCUGCUCCUCUACCCCCACCCCUUCCAUCCCUGCCCUCAUCCCCAAGGAGUGGUACAGGUAUCAGAGAAAGAAGGAAAGGUCACCUGACAGAGGAUCCACCUACAGACGCUCUUCCUCUCGCUCUUACGCAGCAUCGUCAAAGUCAAAGUCCUCUCGCUCCUACUCUCGCUCUUCGAGCAGAUCGAGAUCUCGUUCAAGAUCCAAAUCCCAAGGCAAAUCGAGGCCCCGCUCGCCUUACUCCCGCCACCGAGCUCUCCACACCAGCUCGCACCCUUCCUAUAACUACGGCUACAAACGCUCCCCUACACCGUCGUCCUCAUCUUCACCUCAGGUGGGUCACCAUUCUCGGGCCAAGUCGCCGUCAGAUCACCGGAAAAACCGCCACCAUGGCCACCAUCACCACCAUCACACCAGGAAGUCGGCGUCAAGCGGCUCCAGCUCCACGAGGCGCGGUGAACGCUCCAAGAGGGAAGAGGGGCGACACGGAGGGCGUUCAACUAGUUUGCAGGUUACUCAGUCCAGUAGUGUGGAUCUGGACAGAGAGCGCCACCUACAGUGGAACAAACAGUACAAUGAGUGGUGUGAGAAAUAUUUCAGCAGUUACAUCAACCACUUUCACCAGCUGCCUCUUUCUUUCAUCAAUCUCCCUCCUCCUCCUCAGUUUGACGGAAGCAAAUAUUACUUGCACGCCGACUCAGACUCUCGCCACCGACCGUCUGCCCUCAUGGACGACCAUUCGCGGUCGUCCACUGACAGCCGCUCCCCUCCAUCCCAUUCUUCAAGCAGCAGCCGCUCCACGCCGUCUCAGUCGUCUAGUGACAGUUGCUCCUCUCCGUCGAACACACCCGACGGCAGCCGCUCACCUCCCUCUCAGAUGUCGUGCAACGGUCGCUUGACGCAAUCUGAGGACUGGACUGAGCGGAGGGAGUAUCGGCAACACAAGAACGGCCACUCGCCGGUUAGAAAGGGCAGUGAGGAAGAGGAGGAACUGCAGGACAGAAGUAAAGACGGCAAGAAGGAGAUGACUGGAAAUCUGGAGGAUCACCGUUCCAUAAACUCAGAGCAAAGGGAGACGAAGAAACAUGAGGAAGGAAGAGGAGAGGAGUCAUCUUCACCUCGUGCCUCAAACUCCACAGGUGACAGUCGAAAAGAUGAAAGAAGGCACAUCACUGGACCACAUAGCAUUUCAGUAUGGGAUGAAGCCACCUUUCGACCACACAAAUCUCUGGAUGAAGACUGUGAAAGAAAAAGCAAAGAAAACCGUGAUUUGGAAGAGAAAAAAAGGCGUAUUAGAGGCAAAGAUUCCAAAUCGAGGCAUAACGUGUCGAGACAACACAAAACAAAGUCCAGUAAAAGAGAUGAUACCGAAUAUAGAAACCCUGGGGGCAGUAAAGCUCCUGACUUCAGCUCAGUGGGGGAUAGAAAAACAAAGGUAGAGACCCCGGAGAAAAGGGAGACCCACGAAAGUAAAUCACCAAAUCCAUUUGAAAAAAAGAGGCAAAAAAGUGAACAGAAGAAGCAGAGUAAAACAUCGCCUCUCUGGGAGGGAAGAAUAACAGUGAAACCACCAAAGAAAAUAAGUAUCAACAUCAACCUGGAUGGAAAAUGGAAAGAGGGGAAAACUGAAGACCAGCAGAAUAUCACAGGGAAACCAAAGGGAGAAAUGGAGGCAGAAAGAAAUUUCAAAACAGAAGAAACAGUUGAAGUUAAUGACAAAAAUGAAUCUGGUAGACGUGAGGGAGCUGCGUUUGAAGAUAAAAUAAAACCAGAAGGAGGAGAUUCAAAGGACUUGAGGCAAAGAGCCGCCGUCAGAGACGACAAGAGAGUGAUGUGGACUAACACUGGAAGAGAGGAAGGAAACAUUGUGGAAAAUAAAGAGGAUGGAGAAGACGCGGACUUUGCGUUAUGGCAUUUUGAAGAAGAGCUAGCAAGAGAUGACGGGAGGAGACUGACUGCAAAAGAUGAGGAAGAAGGGGCAGUAAGGGAAGAAAAUGAAGGACAAGAGAGAGCAAAUAGAGGAAACCUGCCGGGGAAAUGGAAGGCAGUGGAGGUGAUUGCAGAGGGAAGGAAGAGGAGGAUGAGGGAAGAAGAAGAUGAUGAAAUAAGGUUUAAGACACAGAGGAGCAGCAACGAGGGACCAGGCUCCAACAUAGAGACUGACAGUAGCAGCACUGGGGAUUGUCAAGAGACGAGGACAAUGGUCAAAAGGCUCGAGGAAUUUAUUCAGGACAAAGAUGGUGAGAGUGAGGAUCAGCUCGUACUCAUACAGGCCCCUCCCUCCAAAUGGAAGAAGGAAGAGUUUGAGGAAGAAGAGCAGAUUGACAGAGAUGUCAAAUCUCAAGAGCCUUUUCCCGCGGGUCCGCCUCCACCUUUGUUAGUUACUCAACGCAACAUGGAGACAGAGGGAGAGAAUGAAGUCUUGAGACAAAGGUCAGUGGACACAAAAAGAGACGAGGACAGAGCAAUGCAGAAAGGAAGAGGGGAGAAUGAGAAGCCCUUGACUCUGUUUACUUUAGACAGAUUUGUGGCUCCCUCUAGUGGCAAAAUCACAGCUGACAGCACCUUGUAUUCAGACAGAGAGAGGGGGAGAACCACGGAGGUGGCGAAGUGUAGGGACAGAGAGAGGGGAAGGGACAGCGAGAGGUCAAGAGACAGACAGAGAGAGACCAAAAGAACAAAGGGGGAAGGAAGAGACAGAAGCAUAGAGCGGAGACACCACAAGAAAAGUCUCCCUUCAUCGAGUCAUUCCUCCCCUUAUUCAACAUCACAGGACGUGGAGAGGAGAGACAGACAACGAAGGGACGACCGCGGGAAAAGUCCCCGUCCUUUAAAUCCUGCUGAUAAAAUCUCAACAAGCAGAACCACCGAAGUGCCUGAUAAACGCAGAACCACAGCCGAUAGAGACAGAAAACCGAAACACCGGGACUACCACGAUCACAGGAAUGCAACAGGAAACAGAGCUGCGGGGAGCCACAGCUCCUCACCUUCCCUCUCCCACCGUAAGCACAGACACCCUGAUCUGAAACUACUGCUUAAGAGAAGCAGGGAUGGGAACAAGGACGAGAAGGAGGAGUGGAAGAGCAAUGAAGUGAUGAGAGAAAGCAAAGAGGAGAGAGAGACCAAGAAAAUUGAGGCAGAGAGAGUGUCAGGUGGUCCGUACAAAAUAACUGCAGAGAGGUGGGAAGGAGGAGGAGUGGUGGUGGAGGAGGGAGAGAGGCCCAGCAGCAGCAGCAGCAGCAGCAGCAACAGCAGCAGCAGCAACAGCAGCAGCAGCAGCAACAGCAGCAACAGCAGCAGCAGCAGCAACAGCAACAGCAGCAGCAGUUCACCAGCGAGCCAGGAGAGCAGCAAGUAUGACGGGAGGAAAGAGAGGAAGAAGAGCCCAAAGACGGAGAGGAGGGAGAAGAAUGAAGCUGCCGUGGAGCUGCUGGAGGAGAGAGAGCUGCAGGAACACGGACACAAGAAGAAGUCAAAGAGAGGUGAAGACGAGAGGGAGGCGGAGAGCAGAGGAGACAGCAGGUGGAGAGAAGAGGAUGACCACACUGAGCUAUGCUCGGUUCUGUUAUUGUGAUUGUCUCUGAGGAAAAAGGUUAUUUACUUGAAUCAUGUUUCUCCUUUCUCUGUCCAGAAAGUGCCUGGGGUUUAUUUUUGGACUUACUUCUUUUUCUUUUUUUUGUAUCAGCUUGAUCAUCUUACAUCGUAGAAACGCAUCAUUUAAAUUAAAAAGUGAACCAUUUGUGAAGGAAAAAGCACUUUACUACUUACAGCAUACAAAUAUGUGUGAGAUCAGGUGACUGAAAAAGAAAAACUUGAACCUUUGACCUUGUUGAAUUAUUAUUAAGUUCAGUGAAUUUGCACAUGCUCACUACACUGCUCAGGACGAUGAGUCUGCAUUGUUACUGCUCAAACUCAUAACCUUUACCAAAAAGGUCAGUCCGUAAGUUGGUUCGCUUCUCACAGGAGUGCAUUUAAGGGGUUAUUUAAAGAGUUUAUGAUUCAUUUAAGAGAUAUACUGUGAAUAUUUAUGAUUUCAACCUCCUCCUGUGUUGUAUUUAGUUUUUCUUUUUAAUUUAAUGUGUUUAAUUUAAAGAAAUAACUGCUGGAUCGAUGAAUAAUGAAGAGAUAGUUGACACAGAAGCACAGAAGUGCAACUAAGAAUAAUUUAAAGAGAUUGUGAUUUCAUUUAAAAAGAAGCUGUGAAAAUGUGUUUCUUUGAACCUCUGUGAUGUAUUUUGUUUUUCAUUUUGUUAAUUCUUUAAUUUAAAAAACAAAAAAAAACUGCUGGACGGACGAAUAAUGUACCCGGGCAAAGUUUAGUUUUUCCUGUUUUGAAGGAAAUAAAAAGUAAAAUGUUAA